UCCCUCCGAGUUUCACUUUUGAGAGUAUUGCAAUGGCCGGUGGUGGGUGUGCUGUCCCGGCUGGAGUCUCCUUUUAGAGUGAACCUUGGGGACUUGGCUCUGCCUUCAGGUUGACAGCAUUCAAAUCAUCUUUCACCCAGAGAUGCCUCCACAGUCGCCUCUCCAGCCAGUGUGUCCUGGGCUCACCGGUCUUUAGAAGCCCGCUAUGUGAAUGAGGGACACACCCCUGAUUGAGACAGUAAAACUCAACAGCCUCGAUUUCACCCCAAAGGAGAGAGAGGAGAGACAGGGAGGAUGGUGAAUGGUCCAGGGUACAGUCUGUCUGGCGUGGCUGCCUCUUUGCUCUUCAUUCUGCUGACUAUGAAGCACCCAGAUGACUUCAGGGUCGUCGGUCCUGCCCUUCCUAUCCUGGCCAAAGUCGGGGAAGAUGCCCUGCUCACAUGCCGGCUCCUCCCCCAGAGGGCAGCAGCGCACAUGGAGGUGAGGUGGUACCGCUCCGACCCGGACUCGCCUGUGCUUGUGCACCGGGAAGGAGCCGAGGUUGCAGGGCUACAGGCGGAGGGGUACAGAGGCCGGGUGGAGCAGACGGAGGACAGCGCUGCUGAUGAGGGAAGUGUGGCUCUGAAGAUCCGCCAGAUCCAGCCAGGCGAUGACGGGCAAUACUGGUGCCGAUUCCAGGAGGGGGACUACUGGAGGGAGGCGAGUGUGCGGCUCCAAGUGACAGCCCUAGGAUCUUCCCCAAACAUCCACGUGGAGGGACCUGGAGAAGGAGAGGUCCAGCUGGUGUGCACCUCCCAGGGCUGGUUCCCUGAGCCUGAGGUCUUCUGGGAGGGCAGCUGGGGAGAAAAGUUGUCGAGCUUCUCUGAGAAUCACGUGCUGGGUGAAGACGGGCUGUUCUAUGUGGAGGACACACUAGUGGUCAGGAACGACACUUCAGAGACCAUUUCCUGCUCCAUCUACAACCGCGGCCUCAAAGAGGCCAAGGAGGCCACCAUUGCCCUGCCAGAGAAACUCCAGACAGAGCUGGCCACCUCGAGGGUGAUUGGACCUUCCCGGCCCAUUCUUGUCCGACUCGGAGAGAACAUAGAGUUAACUUGUCACCUGUCACCUCAAGCUGAUGCUCAGAGCAUGGAGGUGAGGUGGGUCCGGUCCCACUAUUACUCCACAGUCCAUGUGUAUGUGGACGGGGCCCGCUCGGCUGGAGAGCAGAUGGCGGAGUACAGAGGGAGGACUGUGGUCAUGAGUGACACAAUCCACCAGGGGAGGCUGACCCUGCGGAUUCAGGACGCCAGAACUUCAGACGAUGGGCAGUACCGGUGCCUUUUUGGGAAAGAUGGUGUCUACCAGGAGGCCCUUGUGGAUGUGCAGGUGAUGGCGGUGGGUUCCACCCCACGGAUCACCCGGGAGGUGCUGAAGAAUGGAGGCGCGCAGCUGAGGUGUGUGUCCGAAGGGUGGUUCCCGCGGCCCCACGUGCAGUGGAGGGACAUGGCCGGAAGGGCUGCACCAUCGCUUUCCGAGACCUUCCACCAAGGAAGCCAGGGGCUGUUCCAGGUGGAGACGCUCCUGCUGGUCACCAACAGCUCCUUGGUGAAUGUGACCUGCUCCGUCAGCCUCCCUGGAGGCGAGGAGAAAGUUGCGCAUCUUCCUCUCUCAGACUCCAGGAUAGCUUUGUUAUGGAUGGCCCUGCCUGUUCUGCUGCUGCCUCUUGCCAUGGCCUUUGACCUGAUCAAGGAGAAGCACAGCUCCAAAGACCAAAAACACCACAACAAUCAGCAAAAUCUCAAGAAUGACGAGAACCAGGCUUCCCUCUGGAGCAACCCUGCCCUGGCAAAGCGGUGGCGUCACCUGCUGUUGUCCAAAAAGGGCAGGGACCCAUUCCUGCGGCUCGCAGUGCAGAUGGUCGCCAGGGCCAGGCUUCAGAUCGCCGAGGAUCCCAGGAGCUCCCAGGAACCCACAGCUCAGUCCCAACGCUGGCCUUGUCCUUGUCCUGUGGAGAUGAAGGGCUGUCCCACCUCCCCUCCAGCCGGCUGCCUCCUCCCUCUGCUCCUCCUGGCGUCCACCGGAGCCUCGGGAGAAGUGUCUUCGUUUUCUGUGAGGGGACCAGAUGAUCCCAUCAGGGUCCUGCUUGGGACUGAUGUCACCCUGCCCUGCCAGCUGUCUCCUGCACAGAGCGCAUCUCACAUGCACAUCCGCUGGUACCGUGCCCAGCUCACCCCUGCUGUGCUGGUGUUCCACGACGGGCAGGAGCAAGUGCAGAUGCCGGAGUACCAAGGAAGAACCCGGCUGGUGAGAGACGCCAUCGACACGGGGAGCGUGGCUCUGCAGAUACGACAGGUCCAGGCUUCUGACGAUGGCCUGUAUCACUGCCAGGUUACACACGGUGCCACCUCCCAAGAGGUCACGAUCGAGCUGCGUGUCACAGGGUUAGGCUCUGCCCCUCUGGUUCGCAUGACAGGGCCCGAGAACAAUGGGAUCCGGGUGUCCUGUUCCUCAAGCGGCUGGUUCCCAAAACCCAGGGUGCGAUGGAGAGACGGUGCUGGGGAGGCUCUUCCGUCCUCCUCCGAGGCGCAGACCCAAGACGGAGACGGGCUCUUCCACGUGGAAGCGUCUCUCUUGGUCACGGAUAGAACUGCGGGCAAAGUGGCCUGCUCUAUCCAAAACCCCCUCCAUGACCAGGAGGAAGUGAGGGCCAUCAUGCUCCCAGAGCCCUUCUUCCCAAGGACUUCUCCAUGGAAAGUAGCUCUGUUUUGCCUGCUCCCUGUACUACUGGUCCUGUUCGCUGGGACCAGCCUCGCUGCCUGGAAACAGCACCAAGCCAAAAAGCAAGAGAAGAAGGAAAAGUCAGAGGCAGAGCAGGAAACGCAGCAGAUGAGGAAGGAAAAGGAAACCGCCCUGAAGAAAAGAGAUGACCUCCAGGCCGAGCUGGAUCGGCGGAAGGCGCUGUACAAAGAAGACUGGAAGAAAGCCCUGCUGUACCCUGACUGGAGGAAGGAGCUGUUCCAGCUGGCUCCUGUGAGGAUAAAUCAUGAAAUGCCUCACCAGGACAAAUCUAGCCCCGAGGCAGAAGAGAGCAGCAGAGAGGAGACAGCACAACCACUCCUCAGCCACCCGCGAGAUGACCACAACAUCAUCACGCUGUACCAAGAAGGCUUCAUGUUGGGGAGAUACUACUGGGAGGUGUGUGUCGGGGACACUGAGGAAUGGACCCUCGGUGUUUACGAGCUGUCCAACCAGGAUGCACCAUCCAGAGAACCCCUGAGGAAGUUUAGGGUCCUGGAGAAGAAGGGAGAUGAGUACAGGGCUCUCACCUUCUGUUCCCAAACCGUGUCUCUGGAAGAGCCUCUGCUGCUGGGGACUCGGCCCUGGAAGAUUGCAAUCUUCUUGGACCAGGAGGACAACGACCUUUCUUUCUACAACAUGACGGAUGAGACCCACAUCUUCUCCUUCACCCAGGCCAGAUUCCUGGGCUCCCUCUAUCCUUACUUCACGCAUAAUCCCGCAGACCUCUCUCCAUCGCACAGUCCCAAGUGACAGAGCACAAAGGACCCUGUAAACUCUAGGACUCUGGUCCUCCUGGGCAGGCACAGGGACCUCUGGCUGGGAAGCCAAUUACCUGGGACUCCAUGAGCCUCUAUGGCCAGUUUCUGGACCUAGGUUUCUAAGACGGCCCGCAGAAAAGACACUGUGCCUCACAUAGUGUUGUGAUUAUUAAUAGUCUUCCUUUUUAUAUAAAUCUAAGAUAAAUGAA